AUGGAGCGUGUGCGGGGAGCUGGGGCCGUGCUGGCGGUGCUGGUGGUGCUGGGAGCCCCCCCGGCUGCGGGCGAGGAGCUGUCGGGGGUGUUCCAGCUGAUGACAAACCACGAGUGUCACUUCAUCAACGGCACCGAGCGGGUGAGGUUCGUCGAGAGGCACAUCUACAACCGGAAGCAGUUCCUGCACUUCGACAGCGAUGUGGGGGUCUAUGUGGGGGACACCCCACGUGGGGAGACCCUGGCCAGGCACUUCAACAGUAAACGGGAAUGGCUGGAGUACAAACGCUCUGCGGUGGACAGGUACUGCCGGUACAACUACAAGGCUGAUGCUCCGUUCACCGUGGAGAGGAGAGUGCCCCCCAGCGUGUCCAUCUCGCUGGUGCCGUCGAGCUCCCAGCCCGGCCCCGGCCGCCUGCUCUGCUCCGGGAUGGAUUUCUACCCUGCGCCGGUGCAGGUGAGGUGGUUCCAGGAUGGGCAGGAGCUGCCGGAGCACGUGGUGGCCACCGACGUGGUCCCCAACGGGGACUGGAGCUACCAGGUGCUGGUGCUGCUGGAAAUCCCCCCCCGGCGCGGGGUCACCUACAGCUGCCAGGUGGAGCACGUCAGCCUGGAGCACCCCCUCAGCCGGCACUGGGAGAUGCCACCGGACACCGUCCGCAGCAAGAUCCUGGUGGGGGUCGGGGGCUUCGUCUUGGGCUUGGUCUUCCUGGCGCUGGGGCUCGGCUUCUACCUGAGGGAGAAGAGCUCCUGAGCCACCGGCGGCCGCAGCCCCUCCCUGUGGCCUCAGGACCACCCUGGAUAACUGAAACCCUGCGCUGAUUUUGGGGGGUUGCAUGUCCCCCCCUGCCCUGCAUUUCUUCCCACACUAACCAGCUGUUCCCAGUGUUCCCAGUAAAGCUUCUCAGUGCUCUGCA